AUGGAGCUGCCCCGGGUGGCCUGCAGAGCUUGGGACGUUUGUCUUCUCAAAGCUUUGCUGGCUGAGUUUAUGGGCACUGGGAUUUUUCUCUUCACCGGCUUGGCCUCCAUCACUCCUUGGACUCAGCCUGCAGUUGACUCAGGGAAUCUGGGCAUCACUGCCCAGAGCCAGUCCUCCGGGGCUGGUUCUGAGCCGAGCGGCACCGUGUACUCAGCCCCACCAGCUGCUGCUGCCACCCUCAGCCUGGGGGAUGUGGGGACGCAAGCUCCUUGCAGCUUGGCCUCCCCCAACCCGCUCCACGUGUCCCUGGCCUUCGGGAGCUCGGUGGCUGUCAUGUCGUACUGUGCGUUGCCCCUGAGCGGCGGUCAUCUGAACCCGGCGGUGACCGUCUCCAUGCUAGUGGCUGUGAAAGUGAGGCCAGCCUGGGCCAUGUGCUACAUCCUGGCGCAGCUGCUUGGGGGCAUCACUGCCUCGGCUCUUCUCUACGGGCUGACUCCAGAACACGCCCUGGGGGAGAUGGGUGUCAACAAGCUGGCUCCGGGGGUCACGCUCCUGCAAGCCCUCAGCAUAGAGGUGAUCAUCUCCUUCCAGCUGGUCCUCUGCAUCCUCGCCACGUCCGGGAGCAAGAGAGACCCUUCCAAGGGCAGGCACCUGGUCAUCGGGCUCUCUGUCAUGCUGGGGCACCUGGUUGCCAUCGGUUACACUGGAUGCAGCAUGAAUCCUGCCCGGUCACUGGGCCCUGCUUUGAUUACUUUUGAAUUUGCUAAUCACUGGGUCUUCUGGUUGGGCCCACUUGGCGGGGGUCUGGCUGCGGCCAUUCUCAAUGAGCUGGUACUGGCCCCAACAGGCAGCGGCUUCCGCCAGUGGCUGACCAUGCUGCAGGAGGGACCAAAGGCUGAGCGCAACCUGCAAUCCAAGGCUGAGAGCACCACCCAAGAGAUGGGAUUGAGCGAGACGCCCUGA